AUGCCUCGUUCCAAGCGUGCUCGUGUCGUUCACGAGUCCAAGACUGCCAAGAAGGACCACAAGGAGCAGACCCGCCGGCUGUAUGCCAACAUCCGCGAAUGCGUCGAGGAGUACGACCGCCUGUUUGUCUUUGCCGUGGACAACAUGCGCAACACCUAUCUGAAGGAUGUGCGCACCGAGUUUUCCGAUAGCCGUCUCUUUUUCGGCAAGACCAAGGUCAUGGCCGUCGCCCUGGGAUCCACGCCCGAGAACGAGGCCGCUGAGAAUCUGCGUCUGCUGACGCCUCACCUAUCCGGCGCUGUGGGACUCCUCUUCACUUCCCGCGAGCCUGCGUCCGUGAUCAGCUUCUUCGAGAACUACCGCCCGCUGGACUUUGCCCGCGCCGGCACGGUCGCCACACGCUCCUUCACUAUCCCCAAUGGCCUGGUGUACGCUCGCGCAGGAGAGGUCCCCGUCGACGAUGACGAGCCAAUUAGCCACACCAUCGAGCCGGCGCUGCGUAAAUUGGGCGUUCCCACGCGUCUGGUCAAGGGCAAGGUCAUGCUCGAGCUGACCGGUGAGCAGGAGGAUGGGUAUCAGGUUUGCCGGGAGGGCGAGACGCUGGACUCGCGGCAGACGACGCUGCUUAAAAUGUUCGGGGUUGUUUCGUCCGAGUUCAAGGUUGAUCUGCGUGCUCAGUGGACCCGGAGUACUGGGGAGGUCAAGGUGCUGGAGCAGCAGGGCGGGAUGGAGGUUGAUGCAUAG